AUGAAGAGCUUGGAGCCAGCAAAGCACAGGUCCAGCUAUGGGCUCCACACCACUAUGACGAACCAGAGAGAGAAACAGGGAAAAUUCAAGUACGACACACAUUGUGAUGGCAUGGCGCAUGGAUGGAUAGCAGAAGUGACAGUGAAAGGAGGAGAGAAAAUUACAGAAGCAGCAGCAGAUAUGCCUCUUCACCUAACAUAUAGAAUUAAAUGUGUCACAGACGUGAAAACGAUGAUCGUAGAUGCGAUGAAGAAUGUGAUUAUAAAAUUGGAACAAUUUGAAUUCAGUGCAUUUUUUGAGAAUCUCCAAAGGAUCUUGUAUAUACCUGUUACAG